ACCACACACUAAUUCUCUCUCUGUUUCUCUCUCUCUCUCACACACUCACUCAGCCCUCCCGGAUGAUUCUCUCCUGCUUUCAGUGUCUUCAUUUAAGAAACUGUAUGAUAUUGACCAUUUUUUAUGUGAGCUUCUGGAUAUCAUUGGAAAAUGGGUCUCUAUUAUUCUAAAAGAAAUUGAUGGUGAUCACCUCAUCUUUUGUCUUCAUUUCAUCAUCCAGUCUGGAAGGAAUAAAAGAAAACCAACAUUUCCUCCAUUUCAUUUGUAUUUCUACUGCUGUACCUGAAGAUAAUGAGACUCUGUGCAAAUGUUUUUCAACUUUAACUUUCAUUUAACUUCAAAUCCAUUCAUCACCUUUGCUUCUUGACUCCAAAUAACCCACACGGACCUGGGAACCACACUUGGAAUGGGACCUGGUCCCAUGGAACUGACCAGAACAGAACACGCCCAACAGGUUAUUUACCAGGCGGUUACAUCCCUGGUGAUCCCAUAGAGAGGGAGAUGCCUUCCCUGAACCACAGAAACUAACACACACACACAAACCUCAUCCCCGGAGGUCUCAGAGCGAUGCCUUCCCUCCACCACGGCGCCAUCUUCCUCGGAGUCUUUCUCAUCGCGACAGGCGGCUCCACUGCCUUUCUCACCUCCUCACAGAGCCGCCUGCAGGCGUUCUCUCUGUGCUGUGUGGUGCUGGGAGCCGUCAUGCUGAUCCUGGGGCUUCUCUGGGCCAUGAGUAACAAGCACCAGGUAGAGUACAGCCAGGGAGAGUACCCCAACUUCCCCCAAUACCCCCACCAGGGAGAACACCCCAACUAUCCCUACCCACACCCAGACCUCAACUACCCUGGCCGGUACGCCCAUCCUGACCUGGGACAUGUCCUCUUCAGCCCCCGUGGUCCUAUUGGACACUUCCCAGAGUCCCAGUCAGCCCUACUGCAGAGGACCGAGCACCAGCGGCGAGGUGUGUAUGGGGCUAAUGAUGUGGACUACCCCCCACUCAGCCCCCCUUCCCACUACCCCCCCGGGCUGGGCCCCCCACCUCCAUACGAGGUCGCCAUAAAGACCACCUGUAGCUCCACCCACCUGCGCCGCGCCUACUCAGACACACACCUGGCCUCGGAACCCCUGUUUGGCCGAUCACGGGAGAUCAGCUUUGAGGUGUGACAUCACCAGACAGGCCCACACACUGCCUCCACCCACCACACUGGAGGAGGAAUACUGUGGCCACACCCUUCACUCAGGCUCUUCCAAUCAGCUGUCAGCCCAUAGGAAAAGGCAGGAAUAGGAGAUUGCCCUAAAGCAACACUCUGAGCAGCAUAUUAUCUGUCUGUCUUCAACAACCUGUAGUUGAGCAUGUUUUCACAAGCUACCUUUUAAAUGAGACAUUGAGUUUGCCUGGUGCAAAGGAACCGAUGGAAUAGCCCAAAAGUGCAAACCACACUCAAUGUCCGCAGUGCCUUUCCCUGCCUCUGCUAGCUCUUUACAGUUCAUUCUGUGGUGGACUCCCUGCACCAGAAUGCUCAGACAAUCCUCUGCGCUACAAAUUCAGCUGGAUUAUAUGCAUGUGUAACAGAAUAUAAAAGUUAAAUACUAUUUAAUUAUGUAAAGUUCAACAAAAUAGUCUGAAUACUUGAAAUGAUUUCAUGUCAUCUAGUAGUCCUUUUGAAAUCCAAAUGUGAUACAUUAAUGUGUCUGCGAGGACAUCUAGUGGUCAGUCGACAUGCUAGACAAUUAAAACCAUACAAAUACCACAUCCAGCCCCCUCUAAAGGGUUUUGUCUAGCAGGGAUACAGCUUCAGUCAACAUAGAAUUUUCUUAGCAGGUUUAAAGGCGACGCAUGGUCAAUCUGUCGUCUGCAUUUGCCGUGCAGCAUUUACGGUGAAACGGCCUCUGCAGAAAUCAGGGCAUUCAUACUUCUUGUGCUUCGCAGAUCAGCGCAGAGCUGUUGAGUAGAACUGUUAUGAAGUAAGUUGUCAAGGAAGUGAGUUUGUGUUUGUACAGGACCUCCCGCCCCCAUCUACCGUCAACCAAUCAUGUCAAUGCAGGACUAUACAGCGCUAUAUGGAUCCCUCCACAUGGUUACAACAUUUGGGAGGUGCAUGGCGAUGCGGUAUGGAUUUGGCCUCUGCACGACUCCGGAGGCCACGAAAUUGCGUCACACCCUCCAAAUGGUGACUCCUACCACAUUUUCAGAUCAAGCAUAGAAUUUACGCAGCGGUUUAGGUUAAUGUAGCAGGUUGUUAAGUUUAGGAAAAGGGUUAGCUAAAAUAAAACGUUUGACGUCAAAUUUGACAAAAGCUGUAUCCCAUCUAGACAUGACCCUUAAAGGCUCUGCAUGGUCAAUCUGUAACACAUGAUGACCCACCUGUUCUGCCACAAGGAGAAUGUAGUAUGUAGAAACAGUCUCCACAUACAAAAUCAGCCCAGAGAUGUAUCUCCUUGGCUGAUUAAUGAUUGAGUUAUGGUACUUUGUAAAUGCACAUAUUGUUAUUCUGUGCAAUUUUGUUGUAUAAGACUAUGAAUUUAGGAAUUAGAUUCCAGGGGCCUCAUUUAUCAAUAAUGCAUAGGCACAAAUCUGUGUGUAAAUAAUGCUUGGGAUAAUUUCCACGCAAAGUGUGAGAUUUAUCAAUAUGAAAUAUGAUUGAGGCUGCACAAAUUUAAGCACAGCCAUGACAUUGCGUAUGCACAGUGGCAUGUGGUGGAAUAAGGGAACUGCUUGUCAUGUGUAGAAUGAGGAAAAUAUAUGUUGAAAAUGUGUGAAGUUGGGAGAGUAAUCAUUAAAUCGUUUUUUUAUUC